AUGUCAAUACAAACACAAGGAUUAAAAGAUGAAUAUAUCCCAUUAAAUGAAAUAAGAAGACCAAUUCCACCAGUACUAGAUCAUCAAAAAAUAGAUGCAAUGGUAUCAACUCUAAAAGGAAAACCAAUGGAAAGUAAAACUGCAAAAUUAAAUGAAAUAACAGCAGGUGAAUUACCACCAGUUGAUGUUUUUAAAGUUAGAGAAAAAGGUAAAAAUUAUUAUUUUAUAAUGAAUUCAUGUCAUAGAAUGCAAGCUUAUGAUAGAAUUGCAAAAGAAGAAAAUAAACCUGAUUUAUUAGUUAAAUCUAAAGUUUUACCUGCUACUAGAAAAACUUUAAAAUUAUAUUUAGGUGGAUCAGUUGAUGAAAUGUUUGAAGAUUUUGAUAAAGAAAGAGAAAAAGAAGAAGAGGAUGAAAAGGAGAAGGAGAAACAGAAAGAUAAUGAGAAUGAGAAUGGGAAAGAGUAA